AUGGCCACGGUUACUAGCUGCACACCCCACGGCGGGUGCUCCCGAAUGCAGAGGCCGCAUCUCAGCAAGAUGGAGCGGGUGGUCGUGAGUAUGCAGGACCCUGACCAGGGCGUGAAGAUGCGGAGCCAGCGCCUUCUGAUCACUGUCAUUCCCCACGCGGUAGCGGGCAGAGACCUCGUGGAAUGGCUGGUUCAGAAGUUCUGCAUCUCGGAGGAUGAAGCCCUGCACCUGGGCACACUCCUGGCGAAGCACGGCUACAUCUACCCACUGCGUGAGUCCCGAGACCUGACACUCAGGCCUGACGAGACCCCCUACAGGUUCCAGACACCCUACUUUUGGACAAGCACUAUGUGGCCAGCUGCUGAGCUGGACUAUGCCAUCUACCUGGCUAAGAAGAACAUCCAAAAACAAGGAGCUUUAGUGGACUACGAGAAGGAACAUUAUGCCCUGCUACACAAGAAGAUCAGUCAUGCAUGGGAUCUAGUAUUGAUGCAGGCUCGAGAACAGCUGCGGGCGGCUAAGCAGCGACGGAAGGGAGACAGGAUGGUCAUUUCAUGUCAGGAGCAGACAUACUGGCUGGUGAAUAAGCCCCCUCCUGGGGCACCUAACAUUUUGGAGCAGGGUCCUGAGAGGGGCUCUUACAACCCCAGUCACAUGCAGAUGACCUAGAGCUUGGAUUUCUAUAAGUGUGAGGUCGAGUGCUUCAGGAAGGCACUGGGCAGGAACCGGGUGAAGUCCUCUGUCUGCCUCGAGGCGUACUUGAAGUUCAGCAGCCAACACGGGCCGCACGAUCCCAUCAUGUCAGGGUGUCUGCCCAGCAACCCCUGGAUCACAGAUGAUGUCACCUACUGGGCCAUGAAUGCGCCCAACGUGGCUGCCCCCACAAAACUCCGUGUUGAGCGAUGGAGCUUCAGCUUCCGGGAGCUCCUGGAUGACCCCGUGGGACGUGCCCACUUCAUGGACUUUCUCCAGAAGGAAUUCAGUGCGGAAAACCUCAGCUUCUGGGAGGCAUGUGAGGAGCUGCGCUUUGGCGGACAGGCCCAGGUCCCCACCUUGGUGGACUCUGUGUAUCAGCAGUUCCUGGCCCCUGGAGCUGCCCGCUGGGUCAACAUUGACAGCAGGACGAUGGAGUGGACCCUGGAGGGGCUGCGCCAGCCACACCGCUAUGUCCUGGAUGCAGCACAACUGCACAUCUACAUGCUCAUGAAGAAGGACUCCUAUCCAAGGUUCCUGAAGUCUGAUAUAUACAAGGGCCUACUGGAGGAAGCUGUGAUUCCGCUGGAGACAAAGCGCUGGCCAUUUCCAUUCUUGUGGAAACCUCUGCACUCAAGCCCUGCUCUCCAGUCUACCCCCGGGGAGCCUGCAGCUACCAGCUCCCCUGAAGGUGGCGCUGGGGAGUAGUAGGUGGCUCUUGCUGCACCUCACCUCAUCAUCACCUGCCUGACACCCUGUGGGGUUGUGUUCUCCUAAGGAGAUACCCCCAGCACUGGCAUCUCUGUGUACAGGGCCUAGCCUUGCUAUGAGGUCCUUUAGCCUCCACCGAGUAAGCCCUCUCCUGCCUAGAAGAGACUGUCCCAGCUGAUUUCUAGGCCAAGAUUUCAUGGGCUGAUCCUUGCCAGGACAGAACUUGUUCUAGAAGAAAGGUAAAAACAAGGUCCUCAGAGUUGGUAUUCUGUAGUCUUCAGUUCAGAACUAGGUCAUCUCAACUCUAGAAUGUCAAGUCAGUGACACAUGAGGAGGUAUCAGUCCCUGGCCAUGCCACCCCAUUCAGGAAGGCUCCUCCACUGUGUAAUCGUUCUCCUCAGGCUAAACCCAGUGGCUUCUUAGGAGACGAUGUCUGCAGGUGCCACGUCAUUGCCACAGGUGGCAUCUCUUCCACCUGCCGUCUGAUCAGAUCUGUAGAAAGGCGAUACCACACUGUUGUCCUGACAGUAGGGCUCCCAGUUCUCAUAGGGCAAGUCUUUGUCAAGCUGGCAGCCCUGGUGUCCAGUCUUCCUGUACAGGUUGUCCAGUGCCACCAGCAUUGCCACCCCCACCCCAGAGGUAGAAAUAAAGAUGGGGCCUCCUGCCAUACA